CCGCCUUCCUUCUCAAAGAUGAAGUGUUCCUUGGAACAGCAACCCGUCAACCGCAGAGAGUCGCAUUCUCACUUGAAGCGUGCUGCAAAUCGCUUCCAGAAGCUGCGUGGCGGCCAUGGACCCGAACCCUGCCAAUCUUGACGUCCACAAGCUCAGGGCUCUCAUCGGUUGUCUUGUUUCACGAUGCCAUCCACAGCCACAGCUACCGGCAACGUCAAAUUUGCGACAGGCAGCUCCCGAGAGCUGAAAACCAUUCCGACAAUCGGGUCAAUCCGAAAACAAAGGUGAUUGAUGGAAAAGAAAAAAGUCCCGAUGGACGAGCGAGGCUGCCGGUCCUGUUGGUGAUCUUCCGCAUUUCGGGUUCGAGUUUUUGUUGGUGCAAGAAGCCUGAAGGGAAGGAGAAGGAGGGAGUUUUCUGCAAACGGGUUUGCUUCGGCUUCUUCCGUUCUGGCGAACCCGACCCAAACUUUGCAUCUCCCAGGCACCAGCAAAGAAGCACCAACCACGAUUGGCAACAGCAGCACGAGGCUAAACCUGUCCAAACAAAGCUCAUCCUCUAGCUGCAU